CAAAAGCGCUGGCGACCACUGAAGCUCCUGGGGGCCUUCGGGGUCCGGGCUGCGCCUGUGCCCGCGGGAAGGCUGGGCGCUGCCCAAACACAGCCCCUGCUCCAGGCCAGCCCCGCAGGGAGACUACUGGGGCGGUGGUAGGUGGGCGAGGCCGGGUCGGGGGCUGCUGUGGGCUGCCGACAGGCAGCGCGCAGGGCAGCCCUCGGGAGACGGCCAAUGGCGGCGGCGCUUUGGGCGCGGGGGGCGACUCGGCGCUUGUUGGCGGCGCUGCAGGGCCAGAGCCUACGGCUCGCGGCCGUGUCGUCAGAUACUCACAGGUUGACUGCAGAGGAGAGGAACCAAGCUAUACUUGACCUUAAAGCAGCAGGAUGGUCGGAAUUAAGUGAGAGAGAUGCCAUCUACAAAGAAUUCUCCUUCCACAGUUUUAAUCAGGAGCCGCACCACCGUCCUCUAAAGCACCUAGACCUGAAACGGAAUAAUUAUCCUGGUGAUUUGUUACCAAGAACUGGUCAGUCGUCCUGUAGUGCCUUUCACAGGACUGCUGCUGGCCUGGAUACAGCUGCCUUCCCUCUAGAGUUCUGGCAUUUGGCUUUAUGUCCCGAGUUGCCCUACAAGCAGAGAAGAUGAAUCAUCACCCAGAAUGGUUCAAUGUAUACAACAAGGUCCAGAUAACUCUCACCUCACAUGACUGUGGUGAACUGACCAAAAAAGAUGUGAAGCUGGCCAAGUUUAUUGAGAAAGCAGCUGUUUCUGUGUGAUUUCUUCCAAAAUACAUGUAAAAUCUUGUACACAUCUUAGCUGCAAUGUAUGUUGAAGGAAAUUUAUGUAAACAGAGUUGUUCUUUUUUUUUUUUUUUCCAGACAGAGUCUUGCUCUGUUGCCCAGGCUGGAGUGCAGUGGCCUGAUAUCAGCUCACUGUAACCUCCACCUCCUGGGUUCAGGCUAUUCUCCUGCCUCAGCCUCUUUAGUAGCUGGGAUUACAGGCAUGCACCACCACGCCUGGCUAAUUUUUGUAUUUUUAGUAUAGACGGGGUUUCACCAUGUUGGUCAGGCUGGUCUCGAACUCCUGACCUCGUGAUCCACCCACCUCGGCCCCCUAAAGUGCUGGGAUUACAGGCGUGAGCCACCACGCCUGGCUGUUGAGUUGUUCUUAAGGCAUCAUAUCUAGAAGCAAAAAAAAAAUAAAAGAAAAAUAACAAUUUAU